GCCGGCAGAGGAGAAGUGGCGGUGGGGCCAGAGCGAGCGGUCGAACUUUGAGGCGCCGCCUGCCCGCGGCCCCGACCAGCCGGCGGCGCACCGGGCGGGCGGGGAGGGGGCGAGGGAGGGGGCGAGGGAGGGGGCGGCCGGGGCCCACCGGCUCGAGCCCCGCGCAACGCAGGGCCAGCGUAGCGGUGGGCAAGACGCGGCGCGAGGGCGCGGCGAGGGGGAGCGAGAGGCGGGCCGCAGGCCUCCAGCCGACGGCAGGGCGGCCGAGGCCGUCGACGAGCGCGGCACGCGCCGCGGAGGGGAGGAACCUCGCAUGGCGCCGGCCGCCGCCGCUGCACCCUCCCCCGCCGCCGCACCCGCCGCUGCACCCGCCGCCGCACCCGCCGCCGCCCUUGCCGCCCUUGCCGCCGCUCCCGCUGGCGCUCGGGUGAUUCGGCUCGAGACGGCUCCGUCUGCCCGGGACACGGUGUCGGACACCGCGCUGGCCGCCCGCGGGGCGCGCUUCGGCACGCAGGCCGCCGGAAAGAGCGACACCGCCCCGAGCGGUGCCCCCAGCGGUGGCGCCCUGCCUGCGGCGGGUGGACCGGAGCGGAAGGAGGCGAGCCGCACCGGUGCCGGUCCCGGUGGCGGCACGGUGGUGCGCAUCGUGCCGCUGGCGAGCGGCACGGAGGACUUGCGCAGCCGCCUCUCCGACGAAGGCAGGUCGGCGAGCGGCGCUGCUGGGAAUGGCGCGCCGGACGACUUGCGCAGCCGGCUGACGCUGCCCGGCAAGGCGAAGGGCGGGGCGCAUCGAGCCUCCGCGCCCGCCGGAGACUUGCGCUCCAAGCUUCAGCCGGGCCAGGGCGGCGCCGCCGAGCAGAGCGUCGGCGAUUUGCGCUCGAGGCUCGGCGACGGCCCCUCCGAGCCUCGCAAGCGCGGCGAGGGCGGCGCUGCCGCGGCCCGCUCCUCCAAGGUGACGGUGAUGCCUCGUCCGGGCGGGGGGGGCGACUUGCGGGCGCGCCUCAAACGGCAACGCCAGGCGUGACUUGAGGCACGCCUGAGGUGGGGUGAAACGGGCUUCCGGUGUGCAGAGCGAGCUGGAAGAGGAGGGGAGAGGGGAGAAGCGAGCGGAGCGCCACCGCGGUGCGCGGUCUGCCGGCGUCUGUAUAUGGACUGUGGCGUGUGGGCACCACAACAUUGUUGUGCGCGCGGCGGCGGCUCGCUAUGGCACCUGGUCUGCUGAAAUCAAUAUUUGUC